AUGCUGGACGCGUGGGACGUGGGCGACCCGCUCCCUCCGAGCCCGGGGGGAACCAACCUUCAGGGCAGCUUGCUGGGGGACGUCGAUCUGGCGCUGAAUGACUCCGAGAGGCUAGGAUAUAGCAUCCAGGACCUUCCGGUCUUCUCGCUGGACGCCCUGGACCGCAGCGCCACCAAGGGGCGCGGCCAGUGCACCGCAGCGGCCGCCGCGAGCGACCAUGUUGUCCUGGGCACUGCUCGCGGGUUCCUCCUGCGCUACGACUUCUCGUCGGGGACCGCCCCCGUGCUCGACUGCGAGGCAACGAAGCACCCGGGGACGCGCAUCGACUCCGUCUUCCUCUCCCCGACCGCGGCCCACGCCCUCAUCUGCGCGUCACACCCGCCGCCCCCGCCGCGCCGCCGGGGCCUCCCCGGCUUCGGAACGCACGGCUCCGCCACCGCCGACAGCGCCACAGACGGCGCCGACGCCGUGCACGAAGUCCUCUACCUGCACUCCUCCUGGCCGCGGCCGCGGCCGCUCGCGAAGCUCAAGGGCCUCGAAGCCACCGCCAUCGCGUGGGCCGGCACGGCGCGCGGCGAAACGCGCACCACCACCGGCCAGAUCCUCGUCGGCACCGCGGCCGGCGAGAUCUGGCUCGCGGCCAUCGAGCAGGCCGACGGCAAGGAGCGCGAGCGCACCGCCGCCCUCGCGUACCGACUCCCGGACGACCGCGACCCGUUGCAUGGGCUCGCGGUGCUGCCGGUGGGGGCCGCCGGGCGCGACGACGCGCAGCGGUGCUUGGUCCUCGCCGCGACGAGCUCGCGGCUGUACUUCUUUCUGGGCCCCGCGGCGCUCGACCGGCUGUUCGCGGACCUGGAGGGGGAUCCCGGGUUCAUCGAGCUGCCCGGGGCGCUCCCGACGUCGGCGCUCUCGGUGCAGCUGGCGAGCGACGGGGCGACGGCGCGCUGCGCGUGGCUCACGGGCCCGGGGGUGUACGUCGCGGACCUGGCCCACCUGACCGGGCCCUGGGAGGGGGGAGUCCCGCCGACGCGCGAGAGCGCCUUCAUCGCCUCGCAGGGCCUCAUGCCGUAUCCUGAACUCACCCACGGCGCCGUCGAGGAGCCGGGCGUCGAGCAGCCUGUCUCUCUGCAGCAGACGGAGCACCACGUCCUGCUGUUGUACCCGGGCCGCGUCAUCGCGACCAACCGCACGACCCAGCAGGUGGUGCAAGAGCUGUCCCUGCGCGGCCGCAUGGCGCAGUCCGUGCCGAUCGCGAUCCUCCGCGACCCCGCCGCGGGCACGGUUUACCUCGUCGGCACGGACGAGCUCUUUGAGGUGGGCGUGCGCGACGAAGGGCGCGACAUGUGGCGCGUGCUGACGGCGCAGGGGCGCUUUGCGGACGCCAUGCGGCUGUGCCGGACGCGCCGGCAGCGCGACGCGGUGCUGAGCGCGCAGGGCGACGACGCGAUGAAGGCCGGGGACUUUAAGGCCGCGGCGGAGGCGUUUGCGUCGAUGGCGACGCCGGAGCAGUCGUUCGAGGCCGUGACGCUGCGGUUCGUGGAGGCGGGGGCGCCGGACGCGCUGCGGACGUACCUGGCGACGCGGCUGCGGCUCAUGCCGCGCGAGGGCGGCGGGCGCGCGCAGGCCACGAUGCUUGCGACGUGGCUCACGGAGCUGCUGCUGGACUGGGUGAACCGGACGCUCCUCGACAGCGGCGCCGAGUCGCAGGAGUACGACGAGGCCUGCCGGGAGCUCCGGCUCUUCCUCGAGGACCACUGCGACGACCUUGACGAGGCCAUCACCACGGAUCUGCUCUCGUCCUAUACGCGCAUGGACGACCUGGCGCACUACGCCAUCCUGCGGGGCAACUACGCCCUCGUCCUGCAGCACCUCCUGCAGAAGGGCGACGCUGAGCGGGCCCUCGGGGUGCUCCGCCGGCCGUCCGUGCCCGUCGCUCAACACUACGCCGCCGCACCCGGGCUCAUGCAACUCGCGCCGGGCCCGACGGUGGACACGUGGAUCCAGUGCGGGUCCCGCCUGGACCCCACGCGGCUCCUCCCGGCGCUCGCGCCCAUGGCCGAGGACGGCGCGCCGCCCGAGGGCCGCAAGCAUGCCUUGCGGUAUCUCGACUUUUGUGCUCACGUCCUCCGGUGCCAGCACCAGAGCAUCCACGACCUCAUGGUGGCGCUCCUCGCGAUCCCGGACGAGGGCGCUGCGGACGCGUCGGACGCCGCCGCCGCCGCCGUCGCCGCGGACGCCAUGGGGGGGAGUGACGUCGGUGCGCCGGCGACGGCGACCGAGGCUCGGUUGCUGGCGUUCUUGCUGUCGGCGAAGGGGCCGUCGGCGGCGGCGCUGUACGAUACGCAGGCGGCGCUGAAGGUCUGCCACGACCGCGGCCACCGGCGCGCGGCGCUGCAGCUGUACUGCGACCUGGGGUUGUACGACCGGGCCCUGACUCUGGCGCUGGAGAUAGGGGGGGUGUCUUUGGCGCGGACGGUCGCGGAGAUCCCGGAGGAGGACGAGGCGCGGCGGCGACUGUGGGUGCCGAUCGCGGAGCACUGCGUGAAGCAGGCGGGCGGCGCGGGGGGCACGCGGCAAGUCCUGGAGCUGCUGGCGGAGAGCGGGGGCGCGCUGCGCAUCGAGGACGUGCUCCCGCUGUUCCCGGACUUCAUGGUCAUCGACGACUUCAAAGACGCGAUCUGCGAGAGCCUCGAGGACUACAACCGCCAGAUCGACGACCUGCGCCGCGACAUGGACGCCAAGGCCGCGUCGGCGCACGCGCUGCGCGACGACCUCGCGCGGCUGGCGCGGCGCACCGCGACGCUCGACCUCAACUCGCCCUGCGCGCACUGCACGCUCGCGCUGCAGACGCCCCCCUCCCUGAGCCCGCUCCCGGCUCUGAACUGGCCGGGAAUCAGUCCCCCGGAGGCCCCCCUCGCUGACGCGGUGUCCGACGUCACCGGCCCGGCCUCCCGCGAGAACUCCCGGCACGGUUCGGGCCCAGCGAAGUACGCGGCCUCCGCGGCGCGCGCUCCCUCGCUCGCCCCCACGGCGUCCGCGGCGGCGUCGUCGCGCGAGCUCGACGUACCCGAGGUGCCGUCGCAGGCGCAGCUCUGCGCGGCGGUGCCCCCGUACUACAUCUACCCGUGCGGGCACUGCUUCCACGGCACGUGCAACCUCGCGGCCGUCGCGGCGCUGAUCUCGGAGCAGCAGGGGGCUCUGGUGCGCGACACAGUGCAGGGCCUGGUCGACGUGGGGCGCGUCGUGGGGCUGAGCGAGGAGCAGCGCGUGAUGAUGCGGUGGAUGGAGGACGGCCCGCUCGCCGCGGACGUGCGCGGGGCGCAGGCGGGCGCGAACGCGGCGGUCGUUGGGCUGCUGGGCGCGGCGGAGGGCGAUGCGGGGCGCGGCGACGAGGGCGGCGCGGCGCGGGCGCCGGAGCCGCCGCAGAGCGAGCGGAUCCGCGAGCUGUGCGGCGUGCUCGACAGCUUGGUCGGCUCGGACUGCCCCGUCUGUGGGGAGAUUGCAGUCCGUUUGAUCGACCGGGCGUUCGACACGAGCGGGCCUGAGGCGGAGCGGUGGAAGCUCUGA